AUGCGUUACGCUCUUUAUACCCUCGCCCUUGGGGCAACCUCGACCCUGGCGGUCCCGGUGUCUGUGACAUCGCACAAUGGUACCCUGCCGAACGUCCCUGGUAGAAUUGGUACUACCCUCUCCAACCCAUCCAGGGAUCGUGCUGGAUUGCAGUCUCGUACCUUCUUGCCUCUCAUUGAAUGGCUCGGGCACCACGGCUCGGCCAGUUCCACUACUUCUUGUGAAGCAUGUGAGGCUUCCGGUAGCGCUACUAGCAGCGGUGCUGUUAGUGUUACUACCAGUGUCUGUGAAAAAUGCGAAAACGGCCACGGUGUUGGUGUGAGUGUUAGCUUUGGAACCAACCCCAGUGCCUCUGUUGGCGCCAGUGUCAGUGGUGGUGUCAGCGGAAGUGUGAGCGGAGGCGUCAGUGGUGGUGGUAGUGUUGGCGCCAACGUUGGCGGUGGUGCCAAUGCUGGUGCUAGUGGCGACGCUGGUGCUGAUGUCGGUGCCAGCGGCAGCGGCGAUGUCAGCGGAGGCGCUAAUAUUGGAGGAGAUGUUAGUGGGGGAGCCAACGUUGGUGCUGGCGGUGAUGCCGGGGCUGAUAUUGGUGCCAGCGGCAGUGGAGAUACAAGCGGAAGUGCAAGCGGAAGUGCUGAUGUUGGAGGAGAUGCUAGUAGCGAUGCUGGAGCUGGCGUGAGUGCUACAGGCAGCGGAGAUGUUAGCGGUGGCGGAGAUGUUGCCGGUAAUGCUACUGUCGGAGGAGGUGUCAACGCCGGUGGUGAUGUCGGUGCCAGUGGUAAUGCUGGGGCCGAUGCUGGAGCCACUGGAAGUGGAAAUAUUAGCGGUGGAGCUAACGCCGGUGGUGAUCUCAGCGCUGGCGGGGAUGUCUCUGGUGGUGCCAAUGUUGGCGGAGAUGCUGGCGCUAGUGGUGACGCUGGAGCUGACGUUGGUGCCAGUGGAAGUGGUGAUAUCUCCGGUGGUGCUAAUACUAGUGGGGGUGUUUCUGGAGGUGCCAAUGUCAGUGGUGAUGCUGGUGCUAGUGGAAAUGGAGAUGUCUCUGGCAGUGCCAACGUUGGUGGCGAUGUUAGCGGUAAUGCUGGUGCCGAUGUUGGCGGAGGAGCAAAUGCCAGCGGAAACCUUGGAGGCAAUGUUGGAGCAGAUGUCGGAGGCAACCUUGGUGGAAGUGCCGGUGUUGGAGCCGACGCUGGUGUUGGAGGAGAUGCUGGCGCAGAUAUCGGAGCUAAUGCAGGCGUUGGCGGAAAUGCUGAUGCAGGUGUUG